AUGUAUUCUGCGCAUUCUCCAACCCCGCAGGGUAGUCUCGGUACCCCGGUUACUGGUCCGGGUCUUGGGGACGAUUCGAGGGACGACGAUGCUACUAAUAGUAGUAUGUUUGCAAAUCUGAUGCCAAUUUCAAUUAAAGUCACUAGAAAUCAGUCCAGUGGAGUGACUACUGGGGCUACUACCAAAUCUUUGCAAUAUUCACUUGCUAAUUUGACAGUUUUCCAAAAUUUGCCCAGGGAAACUAGUCGUGGUGUUGACGAUUUGACUAGGAUGAAGAUGGCUAUCAUGAGUGGGAUACCUGAAGAAGUCAAAUGGGCUCUGAAAAAGUAUUUGGCUUAUAGUAACAAGGCCCCUUAUAUGAUCAGUUUAAAAGAUUUGCCAGAUUUGCUGCCGUUAUUCAAACGGUUUAUUCAGGAUCUACAACCACUCAUUGAAAAAUUCGAUACUCCACUCAUGGGUGAUCCAAAAUCCCUGGAUCUUUUGCAAACGGGACUCAACAGUAUAUUGAUUUUAAGAAAUCUGGCUCAGGAUACGGAAUCAGUACAAGUCUUGGUUUCCGAUAGUUUUAUCAGAGAUUUUGUUCUUGACGUUUUGCAAAAAUUUGAGCGUGUGGCAACGUUUGAUCCCAAUUGGCAAGUUUAUGAGUCCAAUGCUUCUUUCUUUAAUGAGCUAAUCCAUUAUGUGCUAGAUAUAAUGGAGGCUAUUUCAUCAUAUAUCGCUCCUGCGAAAAAGGAUAACCUAUAUUUCCAAACGCUACUAUCCCUUUUCAACUAUACGAAGGAUCGUUACAUGGUCAUAUCCAUUUUAAGGUCUCUCUCAAGGCUUCUGGUGAGAUCAAAGGCUGACGAAGAGAGUGCCGCCGAUAAUCUCGAUGAGCAAACUUUAUCGAAGAUUGUAUCUUUCCUGAUCAUCGAAAGCGAUUCCGAGUUGAUGUCCGCAGCCUUGGAUUUCCUUUACCAGUACAUUCUGCCUGGUCCGCAGAGAAUCGCUUUGUUACUAAAUGAUCCUCACAGGUUUUCUACUUUGACGGCUAUUCUACCGAAACUACUGACAUACAACAUAGAGAAACCAGAUUAUGCCAUCCUGGAAAGAACUCCCGUUCAAUUGGUAAAGAGGUUAAGACCGCCUGCUCCUACCGUGGCUCCCGACCUCGAUAAAGAACUAUUUGAAGAAAUCCUGGCAAUGAACGAACCGUUAAGAUCUACUACGUGGCUCAGAUGUUGUUUUGAGCCUGUCGUCGACUCAGAAUUCACGCAGAUUAAUCUAUGGCGUGCUUAUGAGUCGAAGUUUGCUCAACCUGUUCGUGAGUCCGGUCGAAAACUCCUGCCCGCGGUCGAGUUCAUCAAGAACGUUUCCAAUGCUUUCACCGACGCCUCUGCAAUGGUCAUAACAGAUUCGGCAACUGGUAAGAAACGAUUUGUCAUGAAGGGUAUUCAACCAAGGCCAAAACCAUUAAAUAUACCUGAAGGUGAAAUCGCAGCAAGACAUCCGCUCCCACCUUUGCAAUCGAAAUUUUUAGAUGAUGCUAAAAACAUUGCGCCAGCAAGACAGGAAAAACUACCAGAAGUACGAUUUCCAACAAAGCUUUCAGAAGUAUCCAAGGCUGCUACGACUUUCUUGUGCUUACUCUCCAAUGAACCAGAAGGUCCUGGAUCAGAUUUUUGUAAAGUUAUCAAACCUGUGGUUUUGCAUAAACUGGCAGAUGUUCCGCCUUUGAGUUGUGCACUUUCUGAGUACAUGGAUAACACGCCUGGUCUUUAG